CCUCUCAUAAUCUGCACGCCAAUUCAUGAUCGGUUCGACCGCGCGCCGUCCAGCCUCCCUCAGAAGAAAACCAUCUAUACAAGCGCAGGAGCCGGCCAUCGGGGCUGAGAUCAAUGGAUAGUCUAAGGGUGGAGUUUCUCAAGCCCCUACAUCUAUAUAAGCAAGCAUAUCCAUCGUUCUGUAGCGCGCAAGAGCAUCGUCGAUGUAAUAUAUAGUUGUGACACAAUAAAAGAAAACCCAAACCAGAGGUAGUCGACAUGAUGAUGGUCAUUGGCAAACAUCAGGACGGGUCUCAAGCAAGAGAUUCAAAAUUUCAGGACGUUCAUAUGAGGUCGUCGGAUGUUCAUAGAAGGCUCUCAGUAAAAUUGCUGUUGGUAUAUUCAGUGCCAGGUUAGAUCGACUACAUAGCCGCACCAAGUUGGCCCAUCCAUUGGCCAGCGGGCUGCGAAAACCUCUUCACACAAAGUCGAUAAUAAUCAACCAAUGGGGCGCCAGCAGGCAGUCAAGUCACGCGAUGUACACCCUCUAGUGCCACCAGGAUUUAUCGAAAAUCUUGGGGUAUCGGAUGGAAUAUGCCUCAUAGCUGUGACGUGCACACUGGCCAGCUGUCUAGUCAAUUUCCAAGUGUCUCAAUUAAGCGAUGAUGGUUUUACCAACAAAGAAUAUAGUGAGUUGGUAACUGGCACAGUGGAGGUUGCCAUCUCCGUCCCAUAUAUAGUUGUGAAAUCGCACGAGUGCUUGUCCAAUCUGCGGGUGCGGAAGUCAUGGAUCACAUGCCGUCCUAAUGUCUGGAUUUUCAGAGACGCAGUCAUUCUUGUGCUCAUAGCUUACGUGAUAUUAGUGGACAUCAGCUUGAGCUUCGUCUGGCUCGCCAUCUUUCCAGUCAUAGCUCUUGUUUUCAUACGAGCGUUGCACCUCAAGUUCAAUCGGCGUACUGGGGGCAGCAGUCGUAAAGUUAAUCCAGGAUCUUCUAACGCCGCUGAGACUAAAAUGAAAACUAUGGAGGUUGGGAUCAUUGUGAUGAUGACGCUGGGGGCGCUACUGCUUAUGGACCAGCUUCCAGACCAUGCAGCUGCCCAGUUCACCAUCUCACAGUUCCUCCUGUUCCUAAGCUGCACGGUGGCGGCAUUGACGCGCAUGGUGAUGAAGCUGCCCGCUGGCGCCUCACCGGGCAUAGCACUGGCGACGGAGAUGCUCCACAAGACCUUGCUUCUCCUCCUGCUGGCGACGGCGCACAUCGCGGCCGCAGAGUGGCUGGGCGAGGAUGUUGUUCUGCUAUGCUUGCCGGAGGUCAUCCCUGUGCUUCUCUGGUUCAGCCUCCAUCUCGACCGUAAACCAGGAAGCAGCUCCAUCAUCAGCGUUGACAAGUUGAAACCACACAGAAAUUGGCUCAUCUUCCUCGGUGCAAUGGUGGUAGCUCCUCCUUUUGCUUACCUGGCCAACUCCAUGGAUGAAGUUGGGCUCUCCGGCUGGUCUACGACAUUCCAGGUGUCAUGUGGCGUCUCAGGGAUUCUGAGCUACUACCUUGUGUUCAUGCUAAGUCACUGGCCGAAGAAACAAGUAGCAGCUGCUGGCAAGGAUGGUGGGGCUUCCGGUAUGCUCAAAUUAUGGGCAUACGCUUUACUCAUAGCGGCGGCUGCGUCCCUGCUGCUCAGGUGUCUGGUUUCUGCCCGGCUUGGUCUGCAACUACCACUGCAUGCAACGGUUAUAUAUGUUAGUAAUGCUUUGGGUUUUAACUACUCAAAUUAGUAUAAUGAUCUUGUUGUGUACCAUAUCCAGUGUUGUGUAGUGUUUGUAAAAUACACGCGGUGCUGUAUGUGUGUGUACACUGUACAUACAUGCAUACAUAAUUACAUAUACGGCGGCAUGUAUGUGUGUCAGUUUGCAUGUUAAUACUGGAGUCUUGGGUGCA